AUGGGAACCUGCUCCCGGUCCGUCCCCUCGCUGCCCCCGGGGGCGGGGAGGUCUGGCCCUCCGGUGAAGCUCCGAAGCGUCCUGGCUCCGCUCCGCGCCUCUCCCCACCUCUCCGGCCUGUUAGAGAUAUCUUCAAAGAACUUGGAUAUUUCAGAGGAUACAAAAUCAAAAAACAAACUGGAAAACAUAAAGAUAAUAGAGAAAACAACACCUUCCUGUGCAGUCCUGUUGGAAUUUUCAUCGUUGAAUUUUGAGAAACAUUCUGAAAAUUUUUCAUGGACAGAAAAUCGUUACGAUGUGAAUCGUCGAAGACACAACUCUUCUGAUGCCUUUGAUUCUGGUAUUGGACGUCCUAAUGGAGGUAAUUUUGGAAGGAAAGAAAAAAAUGGAUGGCGUUCACAUGGCAGAAAUGGUACUGAAAACAUAAAUCAUCGAGGGGGAUACCAUGGUGGAAACUCUCGUUCUCGAAACAGUAUUUUCCAUUCUGGAAAAAGCCAAGGACUACAUGAAAACAACAUAUCUGACAAUGAAACUGGGAGGAAAGAAGACAAAAGAGAACGCAAACAGUUUGAGGCUGAGGAUUUUCCAUCUUUAAAUCCUGAAUAUGAGAGAGAACCAAAUCAGAAUAAAUCUUUAGCUGCAGGUGUAUGGGAGUACCCUCCGAAUCCUAAAUCUAGAGCUCCAAGGAUGCUGGUUAUUAAGAAAGGUAAUACAAAAGACUUACAGCUAUCUGGAUUCCCAGUAGCAGGAAAUCUUCAGUCACAGCCAGUUAAGAAUGGAACUGGUCCAAGUGUUUAUAAAGGCUUAGUCCCUAAACCUGCUGCUCCACCUACAAAACCUACACAAUGCAAAAGCCAAACUAAAGAAAAUAAAGUUGGGACUUCUUUUCCUCAUGAAUCAACAUAUAGUGUUGGUAACUUCAAUGCUUUUAAAUCAACUGGGAAGAAUUUUAGUCCAUCAACAAAUUCAAUGAAAGAGUGUAAUCGCUCAAAUUCCUCUUCACCUGUUGACAAACUUAAUCAGCAGCCUCGGCUAACCAAACUGACAAGAAUGCGCACUGAUAAGAAGAGUGAAUUUUUGAAAGCAUUGAAAAGAGACCGAGUGGAAGAGGAACAUGAAGAUGAAAGCCGGGCUGGCUCAGAGAAGGAUGAGGACUCAUUUAAUUUGCAUAACAGCAAUAGUACUCACCAAGAAAGAGAUAUAAACAGAAACUUCGAUGAAAAUGAAAUUCCUCAAGAGAAUGGCAAUGCCUCAGUUAUUUCCCAACAAAUAAUUCGGUCUUCAACCUACCCACAAACUGACGUUCUUUCCAGUUCACUUGAGGCAGAACACAGAUUGUUAAAAGAGAUGGGCUGGCAGGAAGACAGUGAAAAUGAUGAAACUUGUGCUCCUUUAACUGAGGAUGAAAUGAGAGAAUUCCAAGUUAUUAGUGAGCAGUUACAGAAAAAUGGUCUGAGAAAAAAUGGUAUUUUGAAAAAUGGCCUGAUCUGUGACUUCAAGUUUGGACCUUGGAAAAACAGCACUUUCAAACCCACAAUUGAGAAUGAUGACACAGAGACAAGUAGCAGUGACACAUCAGAUGAUGACGAUGUGUGAAGGACUUCCUAACAGCUUUAGAAAU